GAGGGACUCUUCCCGCCAUUUUGAACAGCUUGGCAUUUGGCGGGACUGUUUACGCAACUAAAUUGGAAAAGUGGCAAUUUUACGCGUGAUCCGUGUCACAUUUUUGUGGCAUAUAUGAUCCGAAAUGCAUAUCAAACAGUUGAUCAUUCAAGGCUUCCGCAGUUACAAAGAACAGACUUGCGUGGAGCCAUUUAGCCCACGGCAUAACGUCAUUGUCGGCCGCAAUGGAUCUGGGAAGAGCAACUUCUUCUACGCUAUCCAAUUUGUGCUAAGCGAUGAGUUCUCCCACUUGCGGCCGGAACAACGCCAAGCCCUUCUUCACGAGGGGACAGGACCCAGGGUCCUGAAUGCUUACGUUGAGAUAAUCUUUGACAACUUGGACAACCGCUUGCCUAUCGACAAAGAAGAAGUGUCGCUUCGCCGGGUCAUUGGAUCCAAGAAAGACCAGUAUUUUCUCAACAAGAAGAUGGUGACGAGGACGGAUGUUAUGAACCUGUUGGAGAGUGCCGGGUUCUCCAGGAGUAAUCCUUACUACAUUGUCAAACAAGGAAAGAUUAAUCAAAUGGCAACAGCACCUGACUCUCAACGACUGAAGCUUCUUCGGGAGGUUGCUGGUACAAGGGUGUAUGAUGAGAGACGAGAGGAGAGUAAGCUCAUCCUCAAGGACACUGAAGGCAAGAGGGACAAGAUUGAGGAUCUGCUGAAAUACAUCGAGGAACGGUUGCAGACUCUUGAAGAAGAAAAGGAAGAGCUCAAGGAAUACCAGAAAUGGGACAAGAUGCGACGGUCCCUGGAAUACACCAUCUAUGACCACGAACUAAAAGACACAAAGAAGAAACUUGAUGAGCUGGAGACUCGAAGAGAGAGUAGCAGUUCUGUGACGGAAAAACUGCGAGAGAACUUGCAAAAUGCGGCCGAGAAAAUCAAGAAACUGAGCAAGGAACUGCGAGAGGUCAAGUCCCGAGCACAAUCGCAACGAGAGGAAAAAGAGGCAUUAUCGCAGGAACAGUCCUCUAUCUUGAAGGAGAAGACUCGGCUUGAGCUGACUAUCAAGGAUCUCAAGGAUGAGGUGGAAGGUGAUGACUCGUCACGCAAAAGGGCCGAGAGGGAAUUAACGCGCCUCAAAGACACAAUUGCGCAGAAGACUGCACUCUUGGAUAAUAUUCGACCUCAAUAUGAAGCGCAAAAGAGACGAGAAGAAGAAUGCACCCGAGAGCUGAGUCUAAAAGAACAGAAGAGGACAGAGCUGUAUGCAAAGCAAGGACGUGGCAGUCAAUUCACAUCCAAAGCAGAACGGGAUAAAUGGAUUCAAAAGGAAUUGAAAUCUCUCCAAAAAGCCAUAAGAGACAAACGGGACCAGAUUGACAAACUGCAAGAAGACACUCAGAGGGACGCAGAGAAGAAGUUGAUGCUGGAGAAAAAAAUUGAGGAAUUGACAAGGGAACUGGAGAACCAUCGUGCUAGUAUUGAUGGGCAGAACAAGAGCUUCUACGAGAUGAAAAAGCGCAAGGAUACCUUGCAGACUGAACGCAAUGAACUAUGGAGACACGAAAACUCUUUCCAACAGAAUCUGGCAACCUUGAAGGAAGAGCUCUCAAAGAAAGACCAAGGCCUGCGCUCAAUGACAGGAAAAGCAACACUGAAUGGACGCGAUAGUGUUCGCAAAGUGCUUCAGACAUUUCGUGAGAAGGGUGGCAGCUAUGAGAAUGUUGCCAACAGCUAUUAUGGGAUGCUAAUUGAGAACUUUGACUGCGAAAAGACCAUCUACACAGCGGUGGAAGUUACCUCUGGGAACAAGUUGUUUUACCAUAUUGUGGAGAGCGACCGUAUUGGCACCAAGAUUCUUCAAGAGAUGAAUCGGCAACAACUUCCUGGUGAAGUGACGUUCAUGCCACUCAACCGGCUUGUCUACAAGGACAUGGAAUAUCCCAACAGCAAUGAUGCCAUCCCUAUGAUCAGUAAGCUCAACUUUGAACCAAAGUUUGAGGCAGCUAUGAAAUACAUCUAUGGCAAAACACUUAUCUGUCGAAACUUGGAAGUGGCAACGCAGAUAGCGCGUACAUCUAACCUGGACUGCAUAACGUUAGAUGGUGACCAAGUGUCACACAAAGGGGCAUUAACGGGUGGCUACUUUGACACUCGACGCUCCCGUCUCGACCUGCACAAGGCACACAUGCAACUCAUGAAAGAGAUCAGCCAAGUUGAAAAGCAGCUUGCAGAGCACAAGCAGAAACUCACAGAUACAGAGAGCCAGAUCAACCAAGUAGUAAGCGACAUGCAGAAAGCAGAAACCAAGAACAGCAAAAACAAGGACGUCUUCGACAAACUCAAAGCUGACAUCCGUCUCAUGAAAGAGGAGUUGACAGCGCUGGAUCGCUCCAAGCAGCCCAAGGAACGCAGCCUGGGAAGCCUCGAUUCGAGCCUCAAGUCAAUGGAGUCAACGGAACAGUCUUUGCGUAGCGAGUUGCAACAAGACCUGUUGACGCAGCUUUCAGUGGCAGACCAGCAAGAAGUGGAUCGCCUCAACGAUGAUAUCCGCCGACUCACGCAGGAGAACAAGGAAGCGUUUAGUGAGCGGAUGCGCUUGGAAGCAGAGAAAAACAAGUUGGAGAACCUGCUAAAUAACAACCUGUACAGACGAAAAGAAGAACUGGAAGCUGCCCUUCAAGAAAUUUCUGUUGAAGAUCGACGUCGUAAGCUUGAGAACAGCCAAGCGGAGCUGUCGGGCAUAAAUGCACGCAUCGGAGAUGUAACCACUAAUUUGAAAGCUCUAGAAAAACAAGUGGAAGCAAACACGAAAGAGCAGAAGGAUGUGGAAGCGCAACUGGAAAACUGGAAAAGCCAAGAGAGAGACUGGCAGGAGCGAAUCAACGACGAUGCUAAGGAUUUGGAGAAGAUGACCAGCCGUCAGUCUGUGCUUUUGAAAAAGAAAGAAGAGUGUAUGCGCAAAAUCCGAGAACUGGGAUCCCUUCCUGCUGAUGCAUUUGAGAAAUACCAGAACUUGAGUCUGAAACAGUUGUUCAAGAAAUUGGAGCAGAGUAACCAAGAAUUGAAGAAGUACAGCCAUGUGAAUAAGAAAGCUCUGGACCAAUUUAUCAGUUUCUCAGAACAGAAGGAGAAGCUGGUAAAACGGAAAGAGGAGCUGGACCAGGCAAACAGUUCGAUUCAGCGGCUGAUGAAUGCAUUGGAGAUGCAAAAGUAUGAGGCGAUCCAGCUGACAUUCAAGCAAGUGUCAAAGUAUUUUAGUGAAGUUUUUAAGAAGCUGGUGCCACAGGGUCAUGCUACACUGGUUAUGAAGACUGACAACGAGGAAUCUGGAUCACAGGAAGGUCAGCCUCCUUCAGUGGACCAGUUUACAGGUGUCGGAAUACGGGUUUCAUUUGUGGGCAAGUCUGCUGAAAUGAAGGAGAUGCAGCAGCUGUCUGGUGGUCAGAAAUCUCUUGUGGCCCUGGCACUGAUCUUUGCCAUUCAGAAGUGUGACCCAGCACCUUUCUAUCUCUUUGAUGAGAUUGACCAAGCCCUCGACUCUCAACAUCGAAAAGCAGUUGCGGACAUGAUCCACGAACUGUGCAAUGAUGCCCAGUUCAUAACGACAACGUUCCGGCCUGAGCUGCUUGAGAAAGCAGACAAGUUCUACGGGGUCAAAUUCCGGAAUAAGGUGAGCCACAUUGAAGCUGUAUCACAAGAGGAAGCCCGGGACUUUGUUGAGGACGACACGACACAUGGCUAGAGGUUCUAAGUUAUUAAGUUUCCUUUCUCCCUGUGGACUCAUUCUGUACAGUUCUCUCUUUAUUCUGUGGAGGCAUUUCAAGUACUCCCAAUACCAUACCUGUAAUUGUGGACAUCCUAUCAUGAUUCACUGCGCAGUGUGAAUAAAGUGUCUUUCGUACGUUA